AACGUGGCUGUGCCAACAACCCUACCAGUGCCUUUAUAAAUAAGGCACCAUACUACUAUGUGAUAUCCUAGUCCACACUUCUCCUGCUCAAAGAAGAUGCCACUGAGUCUCUCUUUCCCACCCCAUAACCUUUCUUGUUUCUCCUCCUCUCUGGUUUUUGGCGCUCGCAAAACAAAAUCUUUAAAGAUCCUCAUGACCCUCUCCCCACCUCCAAAGCCUAGGGAGGUAAAGAAUGACAUGAGGAAGCAGCGAAGUCCCCUUGAGAUAGAGAUCAAGGAGGUCAUGACUCACUCCAUGCAUCCAGAAAAGCUGGAGAUCUUCAAGUCAUUAGAGAAAUGGGCGGAGGACAACAUCCUGACACUCCUGAAGCCCGUCGAGAGCUCGUGGCAACCGCAGGACUUUUUACCGGAUCCCUCGGCUGAAGGCUUCUUCGACAGUGUAAAGGAGAUAAGGGACCAGACGGCGGGGAUCCCGGAUGACUACUACGUAUGCUUGGUCGGCAACAUGAUCACUGAAGAGGCCCUGCCGACGUAUCAAAGCGUCUUCAACACAUUCGACGGCGUUCGAGACCAGACGGGUGCCAGUCGGAGCUCGUGGGCCAGGUGGACGAGGAUGUGGUCGGCCGAGGAGAACCGGCAUGGAGAUAUCCUUAACAAGUAUCUCUACUUGAGUGGGAGGUUGGAUAUGAGGCAGAUCGAGAAGACCAUACAGUACCUCAUUGGCUCCGGGAUGAUUAUCGGUGCAGAGAACAACCCAUAUCGGGGUUUUAUUUACACUUCCUUCCAAGAAAGGGCAACCUUCAUCUCUCAUGGGAACACAGCAAGGCAUGCGAAAGACCAUGGUGACCCACUGCUGGCAAAAAUAUGCGGCCUCAUCGCCGCAGACGAGAAGCGUCACGAGGCAGCAUACUCCAAGGUCGUCGAAAAAUUAUUCGAGAUCGAUCCAGACACGACCAUGAUGGCCCUCGCUGAUAUGAUGAAAAAGAGAAUCACCAUGCCUGCUCUUCUGAUGUUUGAUGGCCGAGACGACAACCUAUUCAACCACUAUUCCUCUGUAGUCCAGAGGAUUGGUGUUUACACUGCCAAGGAUUAUGGAGACAUAGUGGAAUUCUUUGUGAAGAGAUGGAAUGUGGAAGAAAUCACAGGCUUCUCGGGAGAGGGGAGAAGGGCGCAGGAUUACGUGUGUGGCCUUCCUCAGAAGAUUAGGAGGAUGGACGAGAGAGCUCAAGAGAGGAGGGUCAAGCAAUCCCAGAUGGUUCCUUUCAGUUGGAUCUUCAACAGGUCUGUUCUGGUGUAGGUUAAUUAUAUGACUAGGUUGAUAGCAUCAAAGAACUUUCCUAGUGGUCUUGGGGGCUUAUCUUUCUUUCUUGCAUAUAUUUCUUGUAAUAGCAUGGUUGUUUGGCAUGCCCAUGCAUAUUACUGUAUCUUAAUUAAGCAGAAUGAAAAUUUCUUCUCUC